CGUUCGUUUAUGUUCUCACUCUCCUCCGCUCUCUCAUCUCUCGGUUUUCUUUUUUAUUUUUAUUUCAUUUUGUUUCUGUUUUCAAUCCUGCGAGGACUAAAAAUGUGAUACGUGCGCUGUUAAAAUUCCCGACCAACGACAUCCCCUUGAAAAAUAAAAAAAAUAAUAAUAAUAAUUAAAUAAAACAAGUGUACUGGUGAUCCUGUGGGACUUGGAAGGACUCCAAUAAUGCCUGAACCGUGUAUAUAGAUUGAUAUUUAAAAAAUUGAAUCAUAACAAAGACGAGUGCUGUGUUCCCAUGAAAUAUACAACGAAAGAGUAAGAGUGGCCCUGAGAAUGAAUGAUGAAAAUUGAGGCGAGAUGAGAAAUCUAUCAAAACUACUAUUGAUAUUUUUAAUAGGACUUGUACUAGACAUAUUAGCCUUCGACAAUGACAUCGGCAAUAAGAAUAUAGCCGAGAUGUUGCGCUCAAAUGUUAAGGAGUUGGAUGAGGAUGACAAUUCCAGUGAGGAUGAUCACAAUGAUAACGACGAUGAUAGUUAUCUCCUGGGAGAGGAGGAGGACACACCGCCGAGGGUGGGCAAUGGUUCUGGUGGUGAUGCUGAAUUGAUAAGCGGUGGUCGGCAUCUUCCUGUUUUUCUCAUGGAGCCACUCGAUAGUUUUGUUAUUAAAAACAAACCGGCAGCAUUGAGGUGCAAAGCGGCGCAUGCACUACAACUUUAUUUUCGUUGCAAUGGGCAGAGAAUGGAGGAUUCUUAUCAGACUGACUUCGUUGAUCCUCACACCGGCACGAGAAUCGUUGACGCCGAGGUCAACAUAACGAGGGACAGCGUCGAGGAGUACUUCGGCAACAGCAAGUACAGAUGCGAGUGCAUCGCAUGGUCGGGAACUGGUUCCAUCACUAGUCAGCCAGCGAUCAUUGAUGUAGCCUAUAUCAAGAAGCAAUUCGAAUCACCGCCGUAUUCGGUCUCUGUGGAGGACGGACAGAGCACGGAAUUACGGUGUUUACCACCCCCUGGUGUACCAACACCCCGGGUUUACUGGCUCAGGAAUGGGGUUGUUAUCAAUGGGGGUGAUGAUAAGAGUGAGCUUGGAAAUAGUAUUUUAAUAUCGAGCGAGGGACACUUGAUGAUUGGACAGGCUAAGCUUAUUCAUCAAGCUAAUUAUACGUGUGUGGCGGAGAAUAUUGCCGUCAAACGACUCAGUGCUCCCGCCGCUAUUACCGUUUAUGUUAAUGGGGGCUGGUCCCAGUGGUCUUCGUGGACAGAAUGUCAUUCACGGUGCUCCAAAGGGGGUCAAAAACGCACAAGAACCUGUACCAAUCCCGCACCAAUGAACGACGGCCAGCCGUGCCUGGGUCCAGCUAUUCAGAAAAUGGAUUGUGACACCUCGUGUUCAGCGGUGGACGGGGGAUGGUCAAAGUGGUCGACCUGGUCAAUUUGCGGUAAAGACUGCUCUCACACAAAGACACGAACCUGUGACGAGCCGGCGCCAGCCUACGGUGGUAGACACUGUCCAGGAAAAGACACUAUAGUUGGCAAUUGCACAGGCGGACUAUGUGAAAACGGUAACAAUGGAACAAUGGGUGGCAUACAGCUCACAACAAACCACACUGCCAUGGUGGGCUCUACUACGAAUAGUAAUGCUGCGACGGCAGCGGAAAAGGGUAAAAUUGCGGUCGAUAGACAGAUGGAUAUGACUUUCUACAUGGGACUUGUUCUUGCGUGUAUUUUUGGCAUUGGGCUUGCAUUGCUUUUGAUCAGGCUUGUAAGGAGAAAAAAUCAGGAUCACAGGCUGUACUCGAUGACUCAGAGUGAGGAAUUCCAAUCAACGAAAUACGAUAAAAAGCCAUGCCUGCAACCGGACCUAACAGCCGGCACAGCGGUACAGGCGGCCUCGACCUACGAGUACCCGUUCGACCCAAAACUCUCAUUAUCUCGUUCCCUCUCGGAGCACCACUACGACGUGCCCCAUCAUGUUUCAAUCGGCUUCACUCAGUCAUCCCUGACGCAUUCGUCCCAUCAAUCCUGCGGUGACAAGCAAAUAUAUUCUGGCAGUGAAAAUAGCAUCACAAGUAUAGUGAGCUCAUCGUAUCCCUCGUCGGAUUCCACAACGACCUACAACGUUGCCUCUGAGCGAGUUAAAUUGGCCAAUGUAGAGCAAUCAAGUUGCAUUGCUAGGGCAGCUGUCAACAUACGAGGUGCACUCCUUGUACUGCCAGAGUGUGGUGUAUCGCUCUCAAUUCCCGAGGGUGCGAUACCCAAGUCACAGACUAAAUCACACCUCUACGUAUCAGUCCUGGAAGACGUUAAGCCAAAAUUUCCAGAGGGCACGACUCAGCUGUCAGCUGUGAUAUGCUGCGGUCCAUCCUCCAUAACAUUCAGUAAACCAGUGAUUCUGCAGUUUGAACACUGCGCUGUACUUCAGCCAUCGUCAACCUGGGAGCUGUCAAUCUGGUGUCUCGAUAGUCAGAAUGAGGUAACCGAGGAGAAUGACACGAAGGAGUCAUUAAGCACUUGGCGCAAACUCCUCACCCUCGGCAACGAAACAAUAAAUACCCCAUUAUUCACUCAGAUUGAUCACACCGAGGCAUUCAUUGUCACCGAGCAGCUACAGAGUUAUGUUUUAGCUGGGUGCAGUAUCGAUGAUCACGUGGUGGCAGCUAAAAGAUUAAAAAUUGUACUGUUGGCAAGUCAGUCGAGGCAGAUUAGGGUGUACAUUACCGAGGAUACAAAGGCAUCAUUGAAGGUGAUUAAUGAUCGUGAAUCACAAGAAUGGGGGUAUAUUCUCGAUAAACCACGGAGUAUAGUAUUUCAGGACAAUGGUGAGGCAUUGUGGGUUAGUCUUGAGCAAGUGGGAAACGAGUGGGAGAAUAAAUCACCAACUGAGAGACAGAGCAUUGAUUUUUAUGAUAUAUGGAGAUCAAGGAGCAGCUAUGUGGAAUUUUUACUCGACGAUGAUAUUGACGACACGAGCAAGUCGUAUAAACUUCAAGUUUACCAGGGAUGCACCAGUGACGCUGGUAGGCAGGUAUUUAGAAUAAUUUAUGAUGUACCUAAACAACGGAUAUUAUCGGGCAGUGUGACACGUCCAAUUCGGGAGGUGACUGUCGUAAGCAGUAGCACGUCUAGCAGCUCCAGUAGUCACAAUAGCAAUAUCGUAUCAUCCGAGGGUAGCUAUCAUGGGCCAUUUCGGUUUACUAAGUCGUUGAGGAAGCAGUUGUGCCAGUGUUUGGAUCCACCGAACAAUAUUGGUAACGAUUGGCGAAUGCUGGCACAACGGUUGAGGGUCGACAGGUAUAUCAAUUAUUUUGCCACUAAAGCUAGUCCCACUGAGCAUAUACUCGAUUUGUGGGAGGCUAGGCAUCGCGAGCCCAGUGCCGUCAACGAUCUUGUUAAUCAUUUGAGAGUUAUGGGGAGAACCGAUGCCGCAACUAUUCUCGAAGCUCAACUCGGCGCUUGGCUAUAAACUUUUAUUAUUUAUUGGUUCUUCUCACCGGUGAUUCUCUCAUUUUUUCUUUCUAUUUGUCAUUGUCAUUUGUUCUUCGUCAUUUCGUGUAUUUCAAUAAUUCAGGAGUGAAUGUCGGGGAUAUGGAAUUAUUAUAAAUUCACGCGUGUUUUGUACGAUGUUUGCCGAUUGGUACGGCCUAUUAAUCAUUAUGUUCCUAUGGAUAUACUUGAAUGAUGUAUGAACACUGCCUUAAUUAUCGCAUUGGAUCGGCCUUUUUUUGUUGGCAAUCGUCAGUCGAGCGAAAUGAGGAGAUAAUUUUCAGGACAAUUGAGUGAUAUGAGAAUGGAAAAUUGGUGACAUUAUCGUGGUGAGGGAAUUUCAACGUUCCGUAUGGUGCAAUUAUUUUUUUUUUGCUUCAUCAGGCAAUUGAGAAAAUGAACGGUAAAAUUUGUGGAGUUUAAAUUGGAAAAUUUGUGGGUGUCUUUGGAGCUAGCCGAGUGGAAUGACUUCGACUCACAACUAUCAUCUGAAAAUAGGAAGAGAUCUCAGAGUGCAUUCAAAAUGACUUCUCAUCCUCAGGUGAACACUAUUAUAUUGGAAAAGUCGGGGGACAAUGGGUGGAUAAUUUUCCCACUCUUAUCUUCUCAUUCCACUUGUCUGAGUUAAUGUACAUAAAUUAAUCAAACGAAUUUACUUAGAGAACGUUAAGCCUAAAGGAAAUAUUGAGAAACGGCAACGAUACCAAUAACGUACAUGAUAUUACAACUUGUAGUAGAGGAGUAAAACAUUAUAUAAUUUUAGAUGUAAUUUUUAUUAGAGAAAACGAAAAAAAAAAUAAAAAGAAUCUCCUAUACACGUUCACGUAAUACGUACGGUAUAUUUAAAAGACAUAGAUAUAUGUAAAUAAUUCGAAGUUUAAGAGUAUUAUAUACAAUUAUCGAUUCCCGAGGACUGAUGGAGCCCGAGAUGACUCACACUUUCACCCCGAAUACGAGGAUGUACUGUAUCUCAUUAAUUUACUAUGUGAAUUGUGCCAAAAUUAUCCUUUUCAAUAAUUCAUCCCUUCUACUUCGUGUCACAUUACCAUUAUCCAUUCCCCAUCCGUUUACAGCUGAUAAUUAUGAAUUUUUAUGUGCCUAUUGAUGAUGUUAUUAGUUAUGAACUAUGUGAAAUUUAAUGAUUCGCCGUUUUUUGUCAUUUAUUCUGCCAAGUCAAUGCAUUUAUUUGGAUAAUUAUAUAUUUGUUACU